UUCUAUGUAACCUAGGCAACGAUUAGUUUGAUAAUAAACCACCAUUGAACCAGUAAGAAGUGGUCCGUGUUGCUCUAUGUGUCCGGUAAUAUUGAUUACUAGAAGAUACCAAAAGGAGCGACACAACAUAAAUUGGCGACGAGUCGUGUAUUUCGGAGUCGUUUUCACUGAAUGACAGUGAACGUCUAGUUAAAAUUUAAGUGAGUUUAGACCGAAAUGAAACAACCCGCGUACCUGGAUAAGCUAAUGUGCUAACCAGCUAUGAGCCAACCGUCAACAGCUGAGGUCUCGAGGACAGCUAAUGUAACAGAUUCAACGGCAUCAACAAGUGUUUCAAGUUCAUCAUCUACAGUACCAGUUAUCGGACAAAGAUACAGGAUGGCUGGAAUAUAUGGACAUAUGGACACUUUCGAUGAGUCUGGUGAGCAAUGGGCUACGUAUAUUGAACGUUUUGAGCACUAUGUGGUGGCUAAUGACAUUCCGGAAGCUAAGAAAGUAUCAAUACUCUUCAGUGUUAUGGGGUCAAAAACGUAUGGACUGCUGCGUAGUUUAGUGGCUCCCGUGACACCUGGCACUAAAACUUACGAUGAAGUUGUGACUGUAUUGAAAGAUCACUUCACGCCCAAACCGCUUGUUAUCGCCGAAAGGUUUAGGUUCCACAAGCGUAACCAGGGGGAAGGUGAAGCAAUAGCACAGUAUGUAGCCGUGCUGAAGAAGCUAUCGGAGCACUGCGAGUUCGGAGCUUACCUAGAAGAGGCUCUGAGAGAUCGUUUUGUGUGCGGAUUAAAGAGCGAAGCUGUGCAGAAACGUCUCUUGACUGAGGAUAAGCUCACGUUCAAGAAAGCAGUGGAAAUAGCAGUGUCAGCAGAAACAGCCGCACGCGACGUACAGCAGCUGAGUAAUUCCCUGAAAGUGCACGCAGUGUCUUCGAAAGAUGACAAAUGCCGCCGCUGUGGAAAGGGGAAUCACAGUGAUGAUCACUGCUGGUACAAGGACCGCGAUUGUCACCAGUGCGGGAGGAAGGGCCAUACGAAACGAAUGUGCAGAGGGAAAAGCAGUCACGAUACAGAACGUAAACAACACAGAGAGGGAAAGCCUGAACGGAAAAGCCACACACACAAACGCAGCGAGAGAGACAGAAAGAAAAGAAUACAUCACGUAGAUGCGAGUGAAAGUGAAAGUGAAUGCACGAAAUCGGAGAGUGACAAUGACUUGGGACUGUAUGCAGUGUCAGAGAAAGGUAAAUAUUCACGCAUAACAGUAGUGCCAAAAGUCAACGGAAAGAAAUUAGAGAUGGAAUUGGAUACAGGGGCUGCAGUGUCAUUGAUUCCAUAUGAACUGUACAAACGUAAACUGCACAAAAUACCACUUUAG